GUUGCAAUAAACAAGAAACAUUUUCAAGAUCAAAAGAUGUUUAAAAGCAAAUCGGACAUUAUGAAAAUUGUGUUACUGGCGAUUGUUGUCUCUCUCUGCAGAGCUUAUGACUUGUUUGACAUAAGAGAUUCUGAAGGCCAAAAUUUGGGAAAAAGAUCCACGAUCGACAGUGAAGCGGGGCAGAAUAUCAAAUAUCCCUUUAAACGGUUUAUGGUACAGAACGCCAUACUCACCGGAAAAAGAAAUUUUAAAAACGAUGAUCAAAAUGUUUGGGGAAAGCGACAAAAUUUUUUGAAAGGUCGGAAUUUGGGCGGACAUGAUGAUAGCGGUGAAAGAAGACGGCAGAACCCUUGGUUUUUCGGGCAGAAAGGAAAACGAUCCGAGAGUCAAAACUUUAAACUAAAAUAGACGAGAAAUAGGACACAUGAUUAAAGUUAAUAUAAAUACAUGGUAAUGCAUCAGUAGUAUAAUUAUUGUUUGCUCGAUGUACUGUAACUGGGAUGCAAAUAAAAUAGCUUGUUCAUUCAAA